CCGAAAAAGAUUUAUUAAUAAUAUUUAUUUCUUGUUCAAGUAUUAUUCGUUUACUUUUUCUUUUUCUACAGCCAACAACAGUUAUGGCAGUUUCUAUGAAAUUUGAUGCCAGAGUGCUAUCCAGCUAUCGAUUCUCGCAAGUUCGCGAAUUCAGCGUAAUUCGUCCAAUUUGAAAUUGUUUUAAACGAUAUCUAUCAAAUAAAUUAAUCGACCUGAAACUCGCAAUUUCGCGAAUGAAAGCAACAAAUUCUUGUCUUUCUUCUUACUUCUAUAUUGAACAUCAAUUUCAGUAACUACAGUAACGGUAACCUCUUCGCAUAUAGUCACCGACUGUAUAAAUAAAUACUUUCUAUGAAAAUACGACCCUAUAAAUUAUAAUUUACAGAUAUUUUCAAGUUCUCGAACAAAUGUUGUCAAACAUCAUCCAUCUUUAAUUCAUGUCUGUCUAAAAACAUGUUCUAAAUAACAAGUAUCUUAUUUUCGAGUAAAUCAGCAAUUUUCUAAUUGAAAUUGAAAUUUUCUUAUUGUCCGCUUUCUCCAGAGAAUUCUCCAGGUAUAAAAUAAAAAGAAUGAAUGAAAAUUUUGGUUAAAUUUUAUUUUGGUACAUCUAACGCUGUAUCUUCUAUGGUUGUAAAAGUGGGUUGCUUUCGUGUCAUUUUUAUAUUCAUAGUAUUCACCGCGAAAAUUUGCUACGUAGACGAAAACGGAUUGGGAAUGGGAAUAUUUGUUAAGAUCUGCAUUUUUAAACAGGAUACGUUAAUCGUAAAUUGAAUUGUAUUAACAAAUGUAACGUAAUUUGUUGCUCGAUCAUAACCAGCGAUGUGAACAUACCGAUUAGAUGAAACAAACACGUUUUAUUUUAUAACAAAAACACACAUAUUAAAAAAAUGGAAGAAAGUUCGGUUUUAUGGAUGCUUUCCUUGGUAAUGCUGAUCGGUUCCUGUAUAGCUGGAUCCUUGCCUUUAGUGAUGAACUUAUCCGAGAUCCUACAAAGAACUCCAUGAUCAUGAACAUCAUGAACCUUUAAUCUUUCUAGGACAAAUUGCAUCUGGUUUCGAUACUUGGUGCUGGACUUCUUGUAGGGACUGCGCUAGCUGUGAUUAUACCUGAAGGUAUAAGAGUAUUGUUUACUGGUGGGAGCAACAGUGACCAAGGAUUACACAAUGAACCUCAUUCCUUAAUAGGCAUUACUUUAAUACUUGGUUUCGUAUUUAUGCUUCUGGUUGAUCAGUGUUCAGCUAGAAGGAGCGGAGGAAGGGAAAGGAGCGUUACAGCUACUUUGGGCCUUGUGGUUCAUGCAGCAGCUGAUGGAAUAGCAUUAGGAGCUGCUGCAACUACGUCACAGGCUGAUGUAGAAUUAAUUGUAUUUUUAGCAAUAAUGUUGCAUAAGGCACCUGCUGCGUUUGGUCUUGUGUCAUUUUUACUUCACGAGGGAGUAGAUAGAAAAAGAAUAAGCAGACAUCUAUUAGUAUUUUCGUUUGCUGCACCUUGCCUUGCUCUUAUAACAUAUUUUGGUAUUGGAAAGGAAGGAAAGGAAACCCUUAGCAAUGUCAAUGCAACUGGCUUAGCAAUGUUGUUUAGCGCAGGUACAUUCCUAUAUGUUGCAACUGUGCAUGUGCUACCAGAAUUAAUGACAAGAAAUAACAACUACACCCAUUUACCAACUUCUGAGAACGUAACAGUCUCUUCUUCUGGACUCAAAGUCAAAGAAAUAUUAGUUUUAGUGAUGGGUUCACUUUUACCUGCAUUAAUUACAACUGGUCAUCAUCAUUGACAAAGUGUACAAAACAACGCAUCUGUGUUUCACUGUGUAUAGUAUAAAAUGUCUCCCUUAUUAAAGGGUAUAAUUUUAUAUGAAUUCUACGAUUUUUAUAAAAAAUCACGAAUCUCGAAAAUUUGUCAAUUGAGACACCAUUUUUAAUAAUAACGAGGCGAUAUACUUUUACUUAUUGUAUAUAACUGUAGAAAGAGCAUAUCGUAAUCAUUAUACAUUUGUAUAAAUUUGAAGGUAGAAGUAUAGGAUGCAAAACCAUGUACAAUAACAAAAGUCAGUUUAAACAAGUUUUCAUUUUUCAGUAAUACUUUAUAAGUAUUAUUUAUCAGUAAAUGAAAUUUUUGUAUACAAA